GCGCUGCCGGGGCGGGAGGCGCGGUUCCGGUUCCGGUGCUGGGCGCGGCCAUGGGGCGGCGGCCAUGAGGUACAACGAGCGGGAGCUGCUGAGCCUGGCCCGGCAGCCCGCCGAGAAAGCGGCCGAGAUCCUCAUGAGGCUGCCCAAGAAGGGGAGCGUGUUGAAGAAGCGUCUCGUGAAGCUCGUCGUCAACUUUCUCUUCUACUUCCGGACAGACGAAGCCGAGCCCAUCGGAGCUUUGCUGCUGGAGCACUGCCGCAUCGCCAAGGAGGAGGAGAACGUCUUCUCCAUCAGUUUCAUCGAGGAGCCGGAGAGGAAAUACUGCUUUGAAUGCGACAGCGAGGAGCAGUGUCGGGAGUGGAUCGAGGCGCUCAAACGAGCCAGCUACGAGUUCAUGAGGAGGAGCUUGAUUUUCUACCGGAAUGAGAUCCAGAAAAUGACGGGGAAGGACCCCCUGGAGCAGUUUGGGAUCUCCGAGGAAGCCCGAUUCCAGCUGGGAACACGCAAACCAGAGUCCCCUGGCCUGGGCUGAGCUGCCUCCUGGCCCUGCAGGGUCAGCGACCCCACCUGGGAAGAACCGCAGCAGUUCCCCACAGCGCUGACCAAGUGACUUUUUAAUUUAUUAGCCAAAUAAUUUUGUAUGAUUUUUUUUUAAAGCUAAUUCAUUGCACAUUCCCACUUGCCGUGGAGGCAGCUGAGCAUAACCACUCCCUGCUGACGGCAUCAAACCCCCGCGGCUCCUCGGGGGAGCAGAGCAGGGGUGGGACAGAGCCAGCACCUGCUGUCCUCGGCCUUCUGGGCCAAAACCGAGCUGGCUCCAGCCCUUCCCUUCCUCUCGCCCUCUCCUGCCAGGAGCUCCUGUCUCUUCUGCCUCAGGAUCCUCCUGCAGCCUCCCAGGGCUCGGUGGAGGGUUGAUGCUCCACUGGGUUGUGUUUCUGUGCUUGUGGGGUUAACCCCGUCACGCCCUGUUCACUGCAAAACCAUUUCGGUUGCCAAGAGCCACCGGCAGAGCCCAGUGGCCGAGGGCUGAGGCAGGAGGAGCAGAAACCUCGGGAACGGAGGAGACGUCCCCUGCAGCGUCUGCGCAGCCACUAGCACCAGCGCUUUGGGGUUGUUUCCUCCUUCUUCCCUUCUCUGGGCAGGUGCUGCUACUUCCUAGGGGUUUAAUGAAGCCCAGGCCAUUAGCACAAUCUCGGAAAUGCCUUAGAGACCAAAGCUGCAGAGCACAAGGGAGCGAGGGGAGGGCUGAGAGCUCUGCGUUGUGCUCCUGCCUCCCGCUGCAGUGCUGGGGGCUGGGCUAAGCUGGGCUGUUUUCAGAGAGAAAAACCAGAUGGAGGUUUGUAAAGACGAGAUGGAGGUUUGUAAAGGCAGGAACUGCUCCCCUUGGGCUGGAUGUUUGAGCUGAAGGGCGAGCAGAAGUUAAGCCGGGAGCGCAGCAUUAAUGCUUUGUUCCCUGAGCCGCUGCUGCAGCUUUUCUCCCUUUUGUGAGUGUCUAAAGAGCAGAAAACUCUGCCAAGGUCGGAGCGAGCGCCAGGGAACCAGAACAGGGCCGCCUUCCCUGGGGCUGCUGUGACCGGGAGAUAAGCGUGAAGGAGCAGCAGAGUCUCUGCACCUUCAGCCAGCGGCUGCACAAAGAGAACUGCCCGAGGCCGUGGCUGCAGCAGCUGCCCUGGAACGGGGCAGAAACAAGAGCCCAUCGUGGAAGCUUUAGUGGCUCGGCCUCCCCUCCCUACCUCACGCUGCUGGGUACCGGGAGAGCGGCAGAUGUCACUGAUGCUUUAUGUUUAACCUCAAAGGCCCCAGAUUUUUCCUUUUCCAGAUACUCCCUUUCCCUUCAGUCAUUCCAGGCUCCAGAAAUUACCAAAGUAAGCUGAGGGCAUGACAGGGUGGGAGCAGAAAAUGGGGCCGUUCUGGAGACAGAUGGCAACUCCAAGGGAAGCAGCAACGAGGGAUUAACAGCAGGAAUGUACGAGAGCUUGUGCUGUAGGGAAUUAGUGUCCUCAAAUGACUUUAAAGUGCAUUUUAAUCCUCACAAGCCUACUCUGCUUUACCUCAGUGCAGGGGCAUGUUCUUGACAUGCCGGGGGCAUACGCAGCAGCUUUACUUACUGUGAAAAAGAGAUUUGUGUGUCUGGUUGCUCAAGAGAGGACGGACAGACAUGCUGUGGGAUAAUCAGAGCUGCUGUAGGACGGGCCGAGGGCUCCAGCGCCGCGGGUAUCGCAGAUCUUGCAGCUCCGGCCGGCACAACGUCCACGUCCAAGCUCGGCUCCCCAGGGUUCAGCGUUGGUGAAUUCUUCAAUAUGCAAAGUCAACCUGUAAAUAACCCAGACCCUGGGAAUUCUGCCAACAUUCAAUCCAUUCCCACGCGCUUCCCGUGCUGCGGGGAGGCGCCACGGCUCUGCCAGCACCCGCGUCCUUGAUUUCUGUGGGUUGAGCUGACGCCCCCCACCUUCACUGUACAGAAAAUGGGCAUUUUAUGUAGGUGUUCUAGGGAACAGUCGCGUGAGCGAGAGAUAAUCCCAACAAUGACAUUUCUUAACUGAAUGUAAAACAAAUGCUGUGAAGUUACCUGGGCCAGGGCCAGUAACUGGUCAGAUAGCGCUGGACACGGUUGGGUUUCAGGAGCGAGGGAAGAUGGUACUUUUAGACACUGAGAUCUGCAUCAGCUGCUGGUGAUUUAUAGACAGUUGUUCAUUUUUCAUACUCCGGUCACUCCACGUUUUGUACUCCAGGGGCCUGUUCCAACGAGCGCUGUGUCCAGGCUCCCUGGCCGCGUACGGAAGCCAGUGAGCUGUUGUACAUUGCACAUUUCCAAUAAAAACUUGUUUUAGUCUU